AUGGAAGCCCUACAGUGUCUGGCCACGCCCACUCACCCGGAGAGAGAGGCCCUGGCACUCGAUGUGUUGCUGAUAUGUCACCAUCCUCAAAUCUUGGCUAUUGAACCUGAUGCAUGGCUGAAGUUGCUCAGAAAGAUGGAACUGAAGCCACACCCAUUGGUCGUUGAAUUGACCAAUCAGACUCUUUCUCUCGUGAUGGAUGCCAUGGCGACGCGAUCUGACCAAUCACGUGCCUGUCUCAGGACUCUGCUGCGUGUGAGUGAAGACAGCGUAGUGGGGGGUGUGGUCGACGAGGUCUGCCGAGUGCUGGGUGCACGAGAGGUCGUCUCCGUGACGACAGAUGACAUGGAGAUUAUGCUGACUCCGCCUACACAGUUGUGGCACAAUCAGCUAUGGAAGGAACUGCGGUCCUCGCUGGUGGCGGACAUGAGUGUCAACGUGAGGAGAGAGAGCAAGCUCUACAGCUGGGAGGACCAGAAGUGGGACGCAGAGAUGAGACGAGAGAUGGAGAGCAAGAGAAAGAGAGAGCUUCUUGAGGGAGGAGGGAAAGAGAGAGACGUCAGAGCUCUUGUGAAGGAGGCCAAACUCAGCCAGAAACAGAAAGAGAACAUUCUGAGUCAGUUGUCACUGGAAGAGACGACGAGAGAGAGACUCCUGCACUGGGACCAGCUGCUGUCACGGGUGACCAGCAUCGCCGAGGAGGUGGGCGGGGCCAGGCUGAUUGGAGCCGUGGGUCGGGUGGCGAAGACUGUGAUGGAGGGAAUGCGGUCUCCUCUCGGUGGCAGCUACUGUCAGCGAGUGUGGGUCGCUCUGGCACACGGAGUAGUCGGAGAUUGGGUUCUGGCUCAGCGUUUCUCUGUCAUCUCGUUCUCCGUCCUCUCCUCCUCCUCCUCUUCGUCCCCCCUCCGCGCCUCCGUCCCCCGUCUCCUUGACGAGCUGUCCGUCCACCUCCCCCCCUCCCCUCUCCACUCCCACACCCUCCACACCCUCUCCCUCCCUCUACUGCGGAGUCUGCUGGUGGGGAACAAGAUGGAGGCUGUGUUGGAGAAGGCUGUGUCUGUCCUCUGUGCUGCCAUUGACCGGUAUGCAGAGGAUGUUGGUGUAUCCAUGGCAACAGGGGAGGAGGAAGCCCCGCCCACCUCGUUUCCCGAGGCGGAGACUCUGCGACUCUUGUCGUCUCUGGUCUCGUGGGAGGAAGACAAAGCCCGUAGUGUGAGAGUCAAGAAAUCGUGUGCGGAGGCCUAUGUCUCCCUCAUCCGCUUCCUCCCCUCCCUCUCUCCCGAGAUCCUCUCUCUCCUCACGAGUGACCUCUCCGACCCCUGCACCCUCCUCCGACAGACCACGCUGCGCUCGCUCACCAAGGUUGACUCCGCCCACUUCUCCCGGCAUCUUCCCCUGCAGAUGGCUCUGCUGGUCGCGAGGCACGACUCGGAAGAAGGGAAUCGAACUCUGGCAGAAAGUCUGUGGAAGACCACUGGCUACUCACUGAGGAAGGAGCUGGGACCUCUCCUCCUGGCCCAGGUCCCCUCAGCCCCUCUCUCCAUGCAACCAGCUACUGCUCAGGCCCUGGGUCUCUGGCUUCAGUCCCAUCCCCAACAAGCGCCCAAACUGCAAGGAGACCUGUUAGCCGUCUACGAGGAGAAGAGAGCUCCCCCACCUCCCAAAGAAGACAGCUUUGGAAGAACCGUCCUCGUCCAAAUCAGUGAUCCGUGGGAGUGUCGAGUGGGUGUGGCCAGGGCCCUGGAGCAGCUGCCGUCUCACAUGACUCCUCAAGAAACCAUGACACUCCUGGAAUUCACCAUU